GUUCAGAACUUAAGAUAUACAUUACAUGCAUCUUUGCUCCCCGUUUAUGUAAUUCCCUGAAAAAUGAAACAAGUGACACACGUCAUGUGAUGGCAUAUUCGUCACGGUCCAUAAACCCCUACUCCUACAUUUCCCAAAUUAUGCUUUUUUUGGUCAUUCAAUGACUCACAAAACCGUUAAAUACACUGCCUUUUUUUUCUACCUUCUUAUAACAAGUUUUCUCUUCUCUUCUGCCAUGGAUGGUUGUCUCCCUCUCUCUGUAUCUUCACUUAACUACUAAUUUGGAAAUUUAUCACUUCCCGAUAUCUCUUCACUAAUCGUUCCUUGGAUUUAUUUGAACCCCAAUUUCUAUAGAAAUCAAUUCGAAAAUCUCAAAUGGAGAACCGUUUUAGAGCUCGCUUUUGUGUUUUGAUCCUUCUUGCUUGUUCAAUAUAUUCCGGGCUCACAUUGGUUGGAGCUCAAAAUCGAAGACCAAAGAACGUUCAAGUUGCAGUACGGGUUAAGUGGUCGGGUACUCCAUUGCUUUUGGAAGCCGGUGAAUUACUUUCAAAAGAGUCGAAAAAUCUUUUCUGGGAGUUCAUUGAUGACUGGUUACUACAUGUUGCAAAAACUGAUGGCGAUUCUCAUUCAGCUAAAGACUGUGUUAAGAAAAUUGUGAAACAUGGUAGCUUUCUUUUAAGUGAACCAUUGGCACCAUUAUUCGAAUACUCCUUAAGUUUAAGAUCAGCAUCCCCGAGAUUGGUGCUUUACCGUCAAUUAGCAGAGGAGUCUCUUUCUUCUUUCCCACUGCCUGAUGACAGUUACUCAAACAAUGAGAGAGGGUUAGAUGCUAAUGAAACCGCAGAUAUUAAGAAGUUUGAUCCCUUGCUUGUUGGAGUAAAUCCAAAAAGCCCAGAUGGGAAAUGUUGUUGGGUGGAUACUGGUGGAGCACUGUUCUUUGAUGUUGCAGAUUUCCUGUUGUGGCUUCAAAGACCUAAUGAACUUGGAGAUGCCUCUCAGCAGCCUGAAACUUAUGAUUUUGAUCAUAUCCAUUUUGAUUCAAAUAUUAUGAGCCCAGUUGCUAUUCUAUAUGGUGCUCUGGGAACAGAUUGUUUUAGGGGGUUCCAUGUUACCCUAACUCAAGCUGCCAAAGAGGGAAAAGUUAAUUAUGUUGUCAGACCAGUAUUACCUUCUGGUUGUGAAGCAGAAGUUGGCCUAUGUGGAGCUGUUGGUGCAAGGGAUUCCUUAAACUUGGGUGGCUAUGGUGUAGAGCUUGCUUUGAAGAAUAUGGAAUAUAAAGCCAUGGACGACAGUGCCAUAAAGAAAGGUGUAACUCUAGAAGAUCCUCGGACCGAAGAUCUUAAUCAAGAAGUUAGAGGGUUUAUAUUUUCAAAAAUUCUGGAACGCAAAUCUGACCUUACUUCUGGGAUAAUGGCUUUCAGGGAUUACCUGUUGUCAUCAACAAUAUCAGACACACUUGAUGUUUGGGAACUGAAAGAUUUAGGGCAUCAAACUGCACAGAGAAUAGUACAAGCCUCUGAUCCUUUGCAGUCAAUGCAGGAAAUCAACCAAAAUUUUCCUAGUGUAGUUUCCUCUUUAUCUCGGAUGAAGCUCAACGAUUCAAUCAAAGAUGAAAUAAUUGCAAACCAGAAAAUGAUCCCACCUGGCAAGUCCUUAAUGGCUCUGAAUGGUGCUUUAAUCAAUAUCGAAGAUAUUGACCUCUAUUUGUUGAUUGACUUGGUCCAUCAAGAGCUAUCAUUGGCUGAUCAGUUUUCAAAAUUAAAGAUCCCUCAUAGCACUGUAAGGAAGCUUCUAUUAACUGUGACUCCUCCUGAGUUGAAUACGUUCCGAGUUGAUUUUCGUUCUGCCCAUGUCCAUUAUCUCAAUAACUUGGAGGAGGAUGCUAUGUAUAGGCGAUGGAGGAAUAAUAUAAAUGAAAUUUUAGUGCCUGUCUUUCCAGGCCAGCCACAUUACAUCCGUAAGAAUCUGUAUCAUGCUGUUUAUGUCCUUGAUCCGGCGACAGUUUGUGGUCUUCAGUCCAUUGAUAUGAUUACAUCUUUCUACGAGAAUACUUUUCCAAUGAGAUUCGGGGUGAUACUAUAUUCUGCACAGUUCAUCAAGAAGAUUGAAAUGAGUGGUGGUGAACUUCAUUCAUCUGCUUUGGAGCAUGACAGCGAAAUUGAGAAUGAUAAAUCUAGUUUGAUUAUACAACUUUUUAUCUAUAUUAAGGAAAAUCAUGGGCCUCAAACAGCUUUUCAAUUUUUAAGCAAUGUAAAUCGACUACGAAUAGAAUCUGCUGAGUCCACAGACGAGGCUGUUGAAAUGCACCAUAUUGAAGGGGCAUUUGUGGAAACAGAUUUAUCGAAAGCAAAAUCUUCACCCCAGGAAAUACUGUUAAAGUUGAAAAAGGAACAGACUUUUAAGGAAAUGUCUCAAGAGAGUUCUUUGUCUGUUUUUAAGCUGGGUGUGGGCACAGUGCAGUGCUGCCUCCUGAUGAAUGGUCUUGUCUUUGAUUCUAGUGAGGAAGCUCUUAUAAAUGCCAUGAGUGACGAGCUUCCCAGAAUACAAGAACAAGUUUACUAUGGGCACAUAAAUUCUCGCACUGAUGUGCUGGACAAAUUCCUAUCAGAAAAUGGUAUCAGCCGCUAUAAUCCCCAGAUUCUUGCUGAUGGCAAGGUCAAACGAAGGUUUGUGUCUCUGGCUUCGUCUAUUCUUGGAGGGGACUCUGUGCUGAAUGAAAUUAAUUACUUACAUUCUCCUGAAACUGUGGAUGAUGUCAAGGCUGUAACUCAUCUUCUUGCUGUUGAUGUGACAUCAAAAAAAGGGAUAAAGUUACUUCGUGAAGGAAUUCAUUAUCUGAUUGGAGGCACCCAAGGUGCUCGUGUUGGUGUGCUAUUUAGUGCUAGUCAGACUGCUGACUUGCCAAGUCUUCUACUUACGAAGACCUUUGAGAUUACUGCAGCCUCAUAUAGUCAUAAGAAGAAAGUAUUAGAUUUUUUAGACCAACUAUGCUCAUUUUAUGAGCAUAAAUACAUUCUUAGAUCUACCACUGCAGCUGAAAGUAAUCAAGAAUUCGUUGAUAAGGUCUAUGAACUUGCUGAGGCAAAUGAACUGUUUUCUAAGGCAUAUAAAUUUCUUCUACCAGAAGCUUCAGAUCUGAAGUUGAGAGAACAUUUGAAUAAGGUGUCACAAUUUCUAUAUAGACAAUUAGGGAUACCAUCUGGUGUAAAUGCAAUCAUUACCAAUGGAAGGGUUACUCCUCUUGGAGCUAGCGUAUUUCUGAGUGAUGAUCUGCAUCUUUUGGAGUCCGUCGAGUUCAAGCAUAGAAUAAAUCAUAUUGUAGAGAUCAUUGAGGAAGUUAAUUGGCAGGAUGUAGAUCCUGACAUGCUAACAAGUAAAUAUAUUAGUGAUGUUAUUAUGUUCGUGUCAUCUUCAAUGGCUACAAGGGAUCGAAGUACUGAAAGUGCACGCUUUGAGAUUUUGAAUGCGGAAUAUAGUGCUGUUGUUGUAAAUAAUGAGAAUUCUAGUAUUCAUAUUGAUGCGGUUGUUGAUCCUUUAAGUCCAUCUGGUCAGAAACUAUCAUCACUUCUUCGUGUUCUGGCUAAGUAUGCCCACCCAAGCAUGCGCAUUGUACUAAAUCCCUUGAGUUCCCUUGGUGAUCUUCCACUGAAGAACUAUUACAGAUAUGUUGUCCCAACCAUGGAUGAUUUUAGCAGUACUGAUUACACUGUAAAUGGACCCAAAGCAUUCUUUGCUAAUAUGCCAUUAUCAAAAACACUCACCAUGAACCUAGAUGUUCCUGAGCCGUGGCUUGUUGAGCCUGUCAUUGCUAUUCAUGACCUGGACAAUAUUUUUCUUGAGAACUUGGGAGACACAAGGACAUUGCAAGCAGUUUUUGAACUUGAAGCCCUAGUUCUGACUGGUCAUUGUGCUGAGAAGGAUCAUGGCCCUCCCAGAGGUCUUCAGCUAAUUCUUGGAACAAAGAAUACACCUCAUUUGGUUGAUACUAUUGUUAUGGCCAACUUGGGCUAUUGGCAGAUGAAAGUUCAUCCUGGAGUUUGGUACCUGCAACUUGCUCCAGGCAGAAGUUCCGAGUUGUAUUUUUUCAGAGAUGGCGUUGAUGAUGGAAGUCAAGAGAAAUCUUUGUCAAAGCGGAUCGCUAUAAAUGAUUUGCGGGGUAAUGUAGUUCAUCUAGAAGUAGUGAAGAAGAAGGGAAAAGAGCAUGAAAAAUUGCUUAUUUCAUCUGAUGUUGACAACCAAUCAAAAGAUAAGAGAGGACAUAGUAGUUGGAAUUCGAAAAUUUUCGAAUGGGCUUCCAGUUUUAUUGGUGGUAGAGACCAUUCAAAAAAGAGUGAUGACUGUUUGAAGGGGCAUAGCAAGGGUGGACGACAUGGUAAAACCAUUAACAUAUUUUCAAUUGCAUCAGGACAUUUAUAUGAACGCUUUCUUAAAAUUAUGAUUUUAAGUGUGUUAAAGAAUACCCAUCGUCCAGUAAAAUUCUGGUUUAUAAAGAAUUACUUGUCUCCUCCAUUCAAGGAUGUGAUUCCACAUAUGGCACGGGAAUAUGGCUUUGACUAUGAACUAAUUACCUACAGAUGGCCUACGUGGUUGCACAAGCAGACAGAAAAGCAGCGAAUUAUCUGGGCAUAUAAGAUUUUGUUCCUUGAUGUUAUAUUUCCCCUUUCAUUGGAAAAGGUUAUAUUUGUUGAUGCUGAUCAAGUUGUUAGGGCAGACAUGGGAGAACUUUAUGACAUGGAUAUAAAAGGAAGACCUCUUGCAUAUACUCCUUUCUGUGACAACAAUAAGGAGAUGGACGGAUAUCGAUUUUGGAGACAAGGAUUCUGGAGAGAUCAUUUACAGGGUAAACCAUACCAUAUAAGUGCAUUGUAUGUGGUCGAUUUGGUGAAGUUUCGUGAGACUGCGGCAGGAGAUCAUUUAAGAGUCUUUUAUGAAACUCUUAGCAAGGAUCCAAACAGUCUAGCCAAUCUGGAUCAGGAUCUUCCAAACUAUGCACAGCACAGAGUACCCAUCUUCUCAUUACCACAAGAAUGGCUAUGGUGUGAAUCAUGGUGUGGUAAUGCCACAAAAUCAAGGGCUAAAACCAUCGAUCUUUGCAACAAUCCCAUGACAAAAGAACCCAAACUUCAGGGUGCUAGAAGAAUAGUUCAUGAGUGGACCGAUCUCGACUUUGAAGCAAGAAAAUUCACGGCAAAAAUAUUGGGUGAUGAAAUGGACAACCCCGAGGCACUAGCAUCAUCCGAGAAGUCGGUGAAUGACAGUUCAUCGGAAGAUAUGGAAUCCAAGGCUGAGUUAUGAAAAUCUGGAUUUCAAGUCCCUUGCAAUUCAAAACCAUGUUCUUGGCAUCCAGUUCGUACUGAGUCUUUUACAGGUAACCAUAACCCAUGCUGCAUGAAUUUUUUUUUUUUUUUUUUGAACUGACAUUUUUUGCCUUAAAAUUUUGGUAAAAUGCCAUCAUGAGGAUGCAAUGUUUUGGUAAAAUAGUUCCUAAAAGUCGAAGCUUCCAGUUUUGGUAAGGUUUUUAUAUAAAUCCCCAUUUAACUACGAAUUUUCUCAACCUUAUUUUAUUAGAAAGGUUACACGCAUGGCAUGAGAUCUAAUUUUUGUAAUAUUCUUUUUCUGUAAGUGUAAUUCUGUCGGCCACAUGCCAUGAUUGUGAAAGGAAGGUUCUUUUGAUAGUACCUUAAAUAAA